AUGGAAGCUACAAAUCAAAUAGCUACAGUCGAAAAAAAGAACGAGCUCCUUCACGUAGAAGAAGGCAUUCCCCAGGCCGAAAAGAUCUCGGACCGCCUUCGGCGAAAACUCACAAAGAAGCGAUGUCUCACCGCCGCCGCCGCAGGCCAGAUAUUCGCAGGGGAGUUCAUCGGGACGUUUAUUCUCGUCACUGCAAGCUGCACCACUACAACGUUGGACGUAAUCGUGGGCGCGUUGUCGGGUCUCUGGCAGGUCAGCAUCUUGAUCGGUGUGGGUCUGGGCAUCGCAAUAUAUGUCAGCGCGCAUGUCUCUGACGCUCAUCUCAACCCCGCAGUCACCCUCGCCUUCGCUAUCGUACGUUUUAGAGUCUUCAAGUGGAAGAAGAUUCCGAUAUACAUCACCGCACAGAUGUUGGGCGCAUUUUUGGCGGCGGCCAUAAUGUUCGGGUUUUAUCACAGCGCAGUUGAGUCUUUCGAAGACAACCAUGGGUUGGAACGCGGAAGUAACGGGAGCGAGAGGACAGCCAUGAUUUUCGGUGAAUACUUUCCGAACCCCGCCUCGGUCAGAAGCGACACGAGCAUCGUCUCAAUGGCCAAAGCAUUUUUUAUCGAAGCGUGGGGCACAGCAAUCCUUGUCUUCGUCGUUUUUUCCCUCACUGACAUCCACAAUACAACGGUGGGGAGCGGAGAAAAUAAAGUCGCCGUACCGAUGUUAAUUAGUCUCACGGCUUGUUUCCUGAUUGCAAUGUACGGACCAUUGACGCAGGGCAGCUACAAUCCAGCGAGAGAUUUCGGGCCUCGUCUCUUCGCCGUUAUGGCCGGGUGGGGGAAAAUAGCUAUUCCUGGACCUCGCAACGGGUUCUGGCUCUACAUCAUUGCACCGCUGAUCGGAGGGACCGAUCGGCGGCGCUCUGCAUGA